AUGAUUGACUUGAAAAACAAAAAUGCCCUUGUCACCGGUGGUUCCGCAGGUCUCGGAGCCUCUGUUUGCAGACAGCUUGCAGCUGAAGGAGUCAAUUUGGCUAUCAAUUAUUCGUCAUCCAAAGACCGGGCCGAGGAUCUUGCAGCUGAACUUCGGGAUCAAUACAAGGUGAAAGUGGUGGUCAUCCAGGCAGACGUAUUUGGAGGAGCAAAGGCUGCAGAGAAGUUGGUCGAAGAUGCUGCUGAGCAAUUGGGUGGGUUGAACAUUGUUAUCUCCAAUGCUGGGUGGACAAAAAUUGUGCCCUACGAAAAUUUGGAUGCUUUGGACGACGAAUUGUGGGAUGGAUGUUUUCAGGCCAACAUCAAAACACACUUCUACCUUUUUCGUGCUGCCAAGAAGAUCUUCGAUGCCAAUAUAGAUAGUGGAACGUUCAUUGUGUCUGCAUCUUUAGCUGGAAGAAUCGUCUAUGGGUCUAGUAUUCCGUACGCAGUUAGUAAGGCUGGAUUGAUCCAUUUGGUGCGUAUGUUGGCACAGUCACAGGGCCCAAAGGUCCGGGUCCAUGCUGUCUGUCCAGGGUUGCUAAUGACUGGGUGGGGCCAGCGGUUUCCCCAGGAGAGGGUGGAUCUGACUAUCGAGAAAUCUCCAAUCAAGCAGUUGGCUGAUGUUGAUGAAACUGCUGCCCAUUUUGUGUUCCUCUGCAAGCUUGCAACUUCUACGGGUACGGUUGUUGGUAUUGAUGGAGGCUUGUUUGCGUGA